GCUGAACUCGUCAUGGAUGGAGCACAGAAUGACGAUGGAGACGAGGGCUUUGCUGAAGAUAAUACGCCAGAUGAUGAACUGGUCCCCAUGGAUGUUAACCUGACAGCUGGAGCGGAGGGGGAAGAUGAAGUAUUAAAUGGACCAAAGGCAACAGUAUUCUAUACAACCGGUGACCAGGGUGAGGAGAAGGAAUUCUCUAAGGAGGAAGUUGAGGAGAUGAUGAAGUCAGAUGCCUAUCAGAGGAAGAUUGACACGUGCCAUUUAUGUGGUAAAUGCUGGUAUGAUGGGAAAUCGAGUCAGAAUUGUCGUGAAUGUGGUGGUUACCCGUUACAGCGACCUUGUCCUAUAUGUGACGGUCGCUGUAAAAAGAUCUGGACCAGGAAUGUCAAGUCCUCUCAUUCUUUCCACGAGGCACACUGGGAGGGUACAUGUAACUUGCCUCCAAAUCUUCAGAGAGCAUAUUUCAUGGAGAAAUUUACAGAUUCCUCAGAGAAGGUCAUAAUGGAGGGAAUGCAAGAUUUAUCGACAACAUAAUACAAGUUCUUCUUGAAGCAAGUCAAGGACUUUUCUCUUUUUUCUGACUGAAUAAUGAAGCCAAGUUGUUGACUUUUGUAUGGAUCUUAGCAUAAUAAGUGUAUUUAUAGCUUUAAAAAAGCCUGACUAAUGUGAUAAUUUUAUUCAUUUUGCAGACAAUUUAUAGAUGUUUUGAUACAUAUUUCUAACCAUUUGAGUUGCUGGUUUAACUAUCAGAUGUGGUUAAAUGUGCAUUACUUUUUAUGCUAUAUUUUUCAUUCAGUGCUGUGCUUAAGUUAUUUUCAUAGAGAAUUGAAUGAUUCCACACAUACCAGGACAUAUGAUUUGGAUGUAUAAUUUUACUUGUCUUUAUAUGUAUAAAUUUACUGAAAGCUGCUUGAAGAGGGAUUAAUCUAUCUGUAAUGCUGAGCUUUAUGGAUUUAAUGUAUGGAAUAAGAGACAACUUUUGUAUUUUAAUAUGGAAGUUAUUUCUCUUCUCUCAAUAAGAUUUGUUAAGCAUGAGUGAAUUGAUGUGCCAGAAUCAGAAAGUUAAAGUAAAAGAAGUCUUAGAGCAUUGUGGAGAACAUACUGCAUGUGGACUGAUUUUUAGAUGGAUUCAUAUUUAGGCGGUGCCAUUUUUCAAGAUAAUACCAAAGAAUACUUAUUCAUAUUCAAUUCAUAAUUGCACCAAGUAAUCAAUUAGCUGCAUAUGUUUUAAAUUCUGAACAUGCUGAAAUACAGGUAAGUAAAUGUAUAGAAAAAUUAGCAAGACAAAAAAAGUUUAGUAAGUACAAAGAGAGAUGACGUAUCUUUAUAAAAGAAGCACCAUGUGUAGAUUAGAUUUAAAUGAAGCAUAUUUACUCGUGUGCCAAUGAACUAAAAAUCGAGGAGGGAAGAGGGGAAUUAAAAAAUGAUUGACAUGUUUUGUAAUGCGUCUUUCAGUAUGUGUGUUGUAGUAUUGUCUAUGUACCAAAAUUCCAUUCUUUGUACAAUUGCUUGAAAAAAUCAGAUUUGUAUAUUCGUAAGCUGUUUGUAACUAACUAUGAUCAUAGCAUUGAUUAAGAGUUCACUUUCUUCAAUUAUUAUGCUAUAAAUGUGCUUUUUUACUGAAAGCAACUGAUGUGGAUUAACAAGUUUUUUAAAAUUGCAAGAGUCAACACAUCUACCUUAAUAGCUUAUUAAAUCUAAGUGCAUCUUUUUUAUAUAGUCAAUGAUUAAUUUAUGCAAUCAAGAUUGUUUACUGCCAAUUUUUUUCAUAAUUUAUAUUCUAUAUAUUUAUAGAAAUUUUAUAGGAAAGAGGAUGAUCAUAACAUCUUAAUAAAGUCUUUUUUUUAACUUAUGAUCAUGAGGCAUUUAUAGCAAGCUACAGGUUAAAAUGCAUUCACUCAGCUACAUGUACAAAGUAGAAAAGGGGGAGUUAUAAACCCAUGGCUUGUGAUGAUUCUAUGAUGUGGGGGUAGAGGUUAUAAUUCAUUCUUACAUGCAUGAAGUAUUAGCUGUAUAUUUAUAUUACUUGCUUCUUUUUUUUGAAAAAUCAAUUUCUGUAUACCUGGUAUUGGAAUAUGGAGAUUUAAUGUCUUGAUUAAUAAAAACAAUAUUUAAUAUA